UAUUUGUUUAUGAUUGGUGUAUUUAUGUAGAUCCAUGCUCCCUAGAGAAAUCAACAAUGUUUGACCAAUCUUGUUCGAAAUGUGCAUAAACAUUCCUCAGGAUCAGACCAAUGCGGAAGUCCUAGGAUAGAGUAAAACAUUCCGCCGCCUCCCUGGGGGAUUAAAGAAUUAAAAAAAAAGUUUAAAUAAAUCCGACAACAAAAGAAAUGUCUCAGUUGAAGAUUCCUGAUACAGAACUGUUACACUACUCCAGUCCAGUGUCAGCCCAAGUCGACAAAUUAAUAGAGAUAGAUAGUGACACAAAUGAUGUCCCGUACAAUGCACCGUUGGCUCAGUUACCAGACUCUGACGAGGACGAAUACCACUCGUUGCAUUUACCGCUGCGUUAUUGUGAAAGUCAAGAACCAUUACUUUUGAGUGACCAACAAGAUCAUACACAGUUAUCUCAGCAUAUAGAACCGAGCCCUCAUGUUAAAAGUUACUUGAUCUGUAGCAUCAUUGCCUGCGUGUUCUGCUUCUGUCCUUUAGGACUUUUUGCUGUCCUAUACUCAUUAAUAGCCAACAAGUACGCUAGAAAAGGAGACUUGUUAGCAGCUAAGUAUAGUGCUAAGAAAGCCGUAAGACUCGUGAUAGCCUCAGUUGUGGUCGGUACCACACUCAUCACCAUUGUUAUCAUCCUUACGAUGACCAGUGUCCAGAUUUCAUUUCAAUAAAAAAAAAGAGAAUUUUCUAGCUCGUGUGUCUGUGUUCA